GAUUGGUCCAAUCCGCUGCCGCUCUGGCUGCAGGGUUUGGCUGCGCUGAACUGGAGGAGAAGCUGCCCUUCUGGGGGCAGGAAGCGAGGGGUUACCUGGAAGAUGGGACAUCCGUGUGUCGAGUGCUUUGUUUCUGAUGAAGGACGGAAGGUUUUAGGAUCUGAAGCGGAAUAGAUUGAUCUGCGUUCAUCUUUUCUGAUCAUCAUGGCAUUCCAGAGAGCAGAAGGCAUGUCCAUCAUCCAGGCCUUGGCUAUGACCGUGGCAGAGAUCCCUGUGUUCCUGUAUACGACCUUUGGACAGAACACUUUCUCCCAGCUCAGGUUAUCUCCAGGCCUCCGGAAAGUCUUAUUUGCCACCGCUCUGGGCACAGUGGCCUUAGCCCUUGCGGCUCACCAGAUGAAAAGACGGAAGCACAAGAAAAAACAGAUAACUGCAGAUGGUGAAAAGCAGAAGCUGGGAGGGGUCCCUCCGGUUAUGUUACCUGUCAGACGCUCCUCUUCUGUAAAGAGAGGAUACUCGCGCAGGGUGCAAAGUCCAAGCAGCAAAAGCAAUGACACCCUCAGUGGAAUCUCCUCUAUUGAGCCAAGCAAGCAUUCCAGCAAGCACUCGAGCUCCACUCACAGCCUGGCAUCGGUGGUGGCGGUCAACACUUCCAGCGCAAAUGUUACUUCCCUGGCACCGUGGGAGUCCCAAGAGACAGAUGAGCAGCUUGCAGAUGACUCCAAUGCAGAACAUCUUUACAUGCAAGGAAUGGAGCUGUUUGAAGAGGCUCUGCACAAGUGGGAGCAGGCCCUAAAUAUGGGGCAGAGGGGCAGCCCCUGUACCCCAACAGUAGCAGCUCAGAAUAGCGAGAUCAAUGAUGAGGCAUCUACAAGUGUACUUGAGAUGUCCCAGAACAAAGACUUAUCAGAAAAGUUAGAGUCCUUGCUGAGCCGUGCCUACAAUUUGCAGGAAGAAUUUGGGACCAACAUUCCCUCUGACUCCAUGCUGAUGGAUCUGGAAGGCGCCCUGAUGCCAUUACUGGAGGGCGGGAGGCAAUUACGAAUGGAUGACGAUAUCAGCACCACAUCAGACGAAUCCUUCUUCUCCGCAGCAGAGCUUUUUGAGUCUCUACAUCUGAAUGAAGGCCCAUUCAUACCAGCCAAGCCUGCAGCAGCCUAUGAUGAGGCAAUGAAACUGGUUAAAUGUGGGGAAGUAACUUGCCGGACAUUAAGGACUGAGCUCUUGGGAUGCUACAACGACCAGGACUUUCUGGCAAAACUUCACUGCGUCCGUCAGGCCUUCAAGCUGUUACUCCAGGAUGAAGGCAAUCGGUUAUUUUAUGGUGAAGUUGGAAAGCAGAUGGUGACGGGACUUAUGGUGAAAGCAGAGAAGAACCCCAAGGGAUUCAUUGAGAACUAUAAGGAGAUGCUGCUGUAUGCAUCAAAGGAGGAAACGUGGCCCACCACACAAAGGGAACUUGAAGGACGUGGGGUGGUCUGCAUGAAUUUUUUUGACAUUACGUUGGAUUUUAUCCUAAUGGAUGCCUUUGAGGACCUAGAAAACCCUCCGACCUCUGUGAUUGCUGUGCUACGUAACCGCUGGCUGUCUGACAGCUUCAAGGAAACUGCCUUGGCAACAGCUUGCUGGUCGGUUUUGAAAGCAAAAAGGAGGCUUCUCAUGGUCCCAGAUGGCUUCAUAUCCCAUUUCUACUCCGUAUCGGAGCAUGUGAGCCCUGUAUUGGCUUAUGGAUUUCUAGGUCCAAAAGAAAAUUUAACAGAAAUAUGUAAUUUCUUUAAGCACCAGAUCGUGCAGUAUUUAACGGAUAUGUUUGACCUCGAUAAAGUGAGAUACACUACAGUCCAAUCACUGGCAGAAGAUAUCCUGCAUCUUUCUCACAGGCGGAGUGACAUCCUCCUGGGAUAUCUGGGUAUAGACACUGUAAGAGAAGCAAAUGGCGAUGUCCAUGUUGGCAAGACCACAGAAGAAGUGCUUCACCUGUGACUGCAAUGAUUCAGAAUGUAACCACAUUGACACUAAAAAACCUUCUAGGCCUAAAAAGCUUUAGAGGCCUAUGGCAAGUGUCAGGCGGCAGUAAUACAGCUACAUUUUAACAAGCCUAUUACCGGACCCUAAUCCUGCGAUUCUGCAAGCCUGAUUUAGUAGGACCACAGUGAUAUUUUGGGUCUUUGUAGCUGUAUUACGUUCGUCUCUAACCAGUUUAAAGUAGUAAACUGAAGCCUGUGGCGGUCCAGCUGUUGUAUGUGAUCACCAUCCUAUGGCUAUUUCCUAUAGUUUCCUAAGAAUUGGAGAGGCACAGGUUAUGGAUUAGAGAUGAGUGAAUGUUCAGUAUGAGACACCAAAUCUCAGGUUCUUUGAUUUCCUGAAAGUCUGUUAUGACUUUUCCAGGCAAUGUGGAUAACGUUUUUCUAGACAAAACAAAGCGACCGCCAAUAAUUGAGAUAUGGCGAUGAAUACAGUUAGUUUGCUCAUGUAUUGUGGAUCAUUGACCCAAAGGACCUUCUCCUCGAAUUAUGAGCGGACAACAGAAAUCUCAAGACGGAGAGGAUUUAGUGACUUUCUUAUCUUAUUUUUAAAUUAUAAUGGCACAAUCUGACAUCUACUUUUAAAACCGUUUUCUGACCACAGAAUCAAAUGGAGAUUAGAAGACUCUAAUUUCAAUUCAUCAUUUCUAUUAUGAAGAGUUUUUAAAGAAAACAAACAAAAAAAAAAAAAACUAAUGGACACGCAAACAAAAAAAAAAGGUUGCUACAUUUUUAAUAUUUUUAUUUUUGUCUAUAGUUGACUUACACCUUAUACCUUACCUGUGAACAGACCGGCAAGAAUAUGUAAAUUGGAAAGUAUUAACAAAAAAUGAAAAUGGAAGCCGUCCUUCUUGUAGCUACUGUGUAAAAUACAUGUCUGGACCAUAGAUGGAUCAUUAAUAUUCCAGAUAGAGAUGAGCGAACUUACAGUAAAUUCGAAUCGUCACGAACUUCUCGGCUCGGCCGUUGCUGACUUUUCCUGCA